AGUUCCAUCGGAAGCUUCAUCAUGCGCUGGAGCAUUGUCUAUGUCGAGCUGCUAUUAGCCCUGACCGCUGGCCUGACCCACGCGUCGCAAUAUUCGCGAGAUGAAAGCAAUGAGGAUUCUAAUACCCAAUUUAACUUGGCCUCCACUUUUAAAGGCGGCAUUACCAGCAAUCGUCACCAUGAGCGGGCGCGUCUCAACUCGCAACUGUAUCCGGAUCUAAGGCAGCAACAAAGUGAUUCCCUUGACAUUGACGCACCGUCCGCUCACGAGAGCGGCGGCAGUGGUGUCGGCAUCUUUGAUGCUCGUCCUGGGCCGUAUGGUAUUGCUGUGGGCAUUCCACAGCAACAGCCUGUUGGAUAUCCAAAUUAUCCUGCACUACCCACCGCUGGACAACCACAGUCCGGCCUCUAUCCAGUUCCUCAAAGCUCACCAGCUAUAUGCGGACGUCUUACACCAGGCGCUGCUCCAAAUUCAGUACCAAACGGUUGUCAGCAACCAAUUCCGGGACAAGCACAGCUGCCUGCAUCGUUUCCCCAUGGAUAUUCGCAUAAUACAAAUCCGCAAGCAACCGCUCAUACUGGAAGCAAUCCUCCAGGCGUUUAUCCAAGUUUUGGAGCUCACCAGCCUGGCUAUCAGCCCGUACAGCCUGGCUACCCCUAUCCAGGCCAAUAUUUGCCACAAUAUCCAUCUUAUCCACCUACAGCACCAUUUCCACACUAUUCAGGCGUUCCAGGAAAUGUUCCUGUUGUGACCCACCCGGGAGCGCCACCCAUCAGCUACCAGAACCAACAUAACUAUGGACCACAUGCAUCACCAGGGCAACGUGAUCGUUGGGAUCAUAGCUUCAAAAUGAAAACCGAGUACACAGAGGAUGGUGUGCACAAGGGACCAUUCGAUGUGCUUAACAAUCACGGUUCCCAGGGCUAUGGCAGCGGCUUUGGUGGCGGCUAUAAUGGCCCCUUCAGUAGGCCAGGUUACUAAAAAGACAAAAAUAACAUUUA